ACCCGGGCAUGUGCCCCAAUGGGGAAUCGAACCCCGACCUCCUGGUUCAUAGGUUGAUGCUCAACCACUCAGUCACACUGGCUGGGCCCUAAUUUGUAUCUACCGCAGGUACCAUCAGAGCUCUAACGUCACACGGGCUCCACAAAGCCUUCGGCCCUGCUGCCCCCACCUCGACGUUCUCCCUUGGUUGUGUUUUGGCAGCAGUGAGACAGGAACUUUCCAAAACGAACUUCUGUGAAGAGCCCGAAACACAAAAGCACCAGGAGAGAUGGCUUCGGGCCUAGAAGACCCUGUGUGGGCAUGGCCUUGACUGUCCUGUUGGUCCCUGACAUCGUCUACUUUGUGACUUGGCUAAGCCAGGAGCUUAAAAUGGGGCUGGCCUCUGGGGGCGAGAUCCCUGCUUGUGGGCGAGCCUCGCUGGCCACCCAGCACCCACCUCUGCACCCAGCUUUGAUUCUUUCUGCCAAUUGGGACAGUCACUCUGCUAGGGUAGUUUUUUGUUUGUUUGUUUUUGUGUGUUUUUUAUUGCUAGGCGAGGUGGCAGGUGUGACGUGACCUGAGAAAGCGAUGGUUCUUGGUCACAGACAGGUUUUCGUGGUGGGGCACAGGGAAGACCCAGCUCUGUGAUGUUGACUAGCUUCCUGCAGGGGUUCACCCUGGAACUCUAUCAUUCAUCAAAGGCCCUAAGUAGUGCAGACACUGCACCUCAAAGGAGAGAAGAAAAUGGUAUGGCCGUUCCUCAAAAAAAUUAAACAGAACUACCAUGUGACCCAGCAAUCUCUCUUCUGGGUAUGAACCCCAAAGAGUCAAAAGCAGGGAGUUGAAGAGAGAUUUGUUCACCCACAUUCAUUGCAGCAUUAUUCACCACAGCCAGAAGGUGGGAGCAGCCCAAGUGUCCGUUGACGGAUGAGUAGAGACACAAAUGUGGUCGGUCCACACAGCAGAAUAUUAUGCAGCUUGAAAAAGGAAGGUAAUUCUGCCCUGGCCGGGCAGCUCAGUGGGUUAGAGCAUCAUCCCUAUAUGCCACGGUUGUGGGUUCAAUUCCCAGUCAGGGCACACACAUGAAUGCGUGGAUGAGUGGAACAACCAAUCGAUGUUUCUCUUUCUAAUCAAAAGUUUUUUAUUUUAAUUUAAUUGAAAACAUUUUUAAAAGGAAGGUAAUUCUGACAUGUGCCACAGCAUGCAUGAACCUUGGGGACAUUGCGCUCAGUGCAACAAACAGUCAGAAAAGGACAAAGAUCCCCCUGAUAGGAGGUCCCUAGAGUCGUCAAAUUCAUAGAAACAGAAAGUAAAACAGUGGUUGCCAGGGACUGGGGGGAGGGGUGGCUGGGGAAUGUAGUGCUUCACGGGGAAGAGUUCCAGUCUGGGAAGAUGGGAGAGUCCUGGAGAUGGGUGGUGGUGACGGUGGCACCGCGUGUGACAGUACUGAAUGCCUCAGAACCGUACACCAGAAAAGGUUAACGUGCUGACAUCGUUGGCUGUGUGUGUUUUAACCACUGUUUUUUUUUUCGGGGGGGAGCGGACGGAAAGCGAUGAGAACCAGGCACAGGAAGCACGUGACUUCUGGGUAGAAGGAAGGAAGAAACCUGAAUUAAUACGUCAGACCCCAAGACACCAGGGCACCCAGCGGCAGCAUCUCAUGCAGCUUCCACCUCUCGGGGUGUACUGGACCCCUGGCCACCGCUCCUUCCCCAUCACUCACUCCAUCCAGCAGAUGACAGUUCUUUGAAGCUAGAUGCUUACAAGUUUAGAACUAUCCUAACUUCCUGGUGAACUGACCUUUUCAUUUAGGCACUUACCCUGUUCCUAGCCAGCUGGCCCCUGGGCCUCCUGGCCACAGCUGGAGCAAGAAGGCUGGAUGUGUCAGGACCAAAAGCCUCCUGGCAAGACCCUCCCCACCAUCGGACUCCCCCUCACCUGCUCACUGCGUCUGAGGAUCCUACAACAGGCCCCCUCAGCUGCCAGCCCGUGGAUGCCAUUUGAGAUGUCCCCUUUCUGUUGCUGGGGCCUGCCCGCAGCUCUUCUUGCUGUGCUCUUCUGCCCAGGGUCUGGCGAGGAGGCGUUCGAGGUCUACAUGUGGCCAGAGCAGCUGGUGGUGAAGCACGGAGGGUCCUCUAAGAUCAACUGCAGCACCAGCUGUCUGCAGCCCACUAUCAGCGGUUUGGAGACCACCCUAAGCAAGACUCUGCUGGACAAGCAGCCUCAGUGGGAGCUCUACGAGGUCUUCAACGUCUCCACGGACACGGUCGUAUAUUGCCACUUCACCUGCUCUGGGAGGCAGGUGCAGAGGAAUGCCAGCAUCACCGUGUUCUACCCCCCAGAGCAAGUGCUGCUGAAGCUGCAGCCCACUUGGGUGACUGUGGGCAAAGUCUUCACCAUGGAGUGCAGGGUGCCGGCGGUGGCACCCCUUGAGAACCUCACCCUCACCUUGUUCCGUGGCCAGGAGCCCCUGCACAUGCAGAAAUUUGAGGGGGAAACAGCUGCCCCCCAAGAAGCCAUGAUCACACACAACAGCACGGCUCACAAGGAAGACGGUCGCCACAACUUCUCCUGCCGGGCUGAGCUGGACCUGAAAACUCGUGGUGGGGGUUUGAUCCGAAAAACCUCAGAGCCCCAGGUGCUUGAGAUCCAUGAGCCCAUGCCGGACAACCAGAUGGUCAUCAUCAUCGCCGUUGUGUCGGUGCUGCUGCUGCUGUUUGUGGCGUCCGUCCUGCUGUGCUUUGUCUUCGGCCAGCAGUGGCACCAGAGGCGGAGCGGCAAUUACGGGGUACAAGCCGCGUGGAGGAGGCUGAGACGCUCCUACCGGGCAUAGCCUGCGUGGGGUCGUGGCCCCGGCCCCGGCAGCCAC